GUUUGACUGUAUGGAGUGUAUCAUUGGGAUAAUGUAAAUUCAUACUGUUUUUCUUCAUAUGAAAAACAUGUUCCAUUUAAUAAAGCACAAGUUUCAUAGAGUGUGUAUUAAUUACACAAAAUCAGUAACAAGAACACUGAAUUUAUCAUCCACAAUACAGUUACCAGAUUAUGCAGAUGUUGUAAUAGUAGGUGGGGGUAGUGCAGGCUGUAAUGCACUUUAUCAUUUAGGGAAAUGUGGCAUUAAUGCUGUGCUAUUAGACAAAUCAAAACUAAUGUCUGGUACUACGUGGCACACUGCAGGUCUUACAUGGAGUAUACGAGGUCCAAGUGAUGUUGAAAUGGAAUUAUUAAAUACAACAAAAUUUAUUUUUAACUCCCUAGAAAAAGAAACUGGAAUAAAUCCAGGAUGGAUAAACAAUGGUGGACUUUACAUUGCACGUUCCAAUGAACGAUUAAAUGAAUAUAAAAGGCUAGUUACUGGUUCAAAAGCUUUUGGCAUUCAAGCACAUUUAAUUUCUUCCCAAGAAGCAAAAGAGUUAUUUCCUUUGUUAAAUGAGGACACUAUUCAGGGAGCAUUUUAUUCUUCAGAAGAUGGAGCUAUUGAUCCGACCAUGUUAAUUAAUGCUUUAACAAAGUCAGCAAAAAGUAAUGGUUGUCAGAUUAUCGAAGAUUGUCCUGUUACGAAGAUACUCACAAAGGAAACUAUUGAGAAUAAUAAAAAAGUUUAUGCUGUAGAGACGCCAUAUGGAGUCAUAAAAACAGAUGUUGUUCUCAAUGCUGCUGGAGCUUGGUCAAAGAGUGUAGCAAACAUGAUUAAUAUGAAUAUUCCUCUGACACCAAUUAAGCAUGCUUACAUUGUUACAGAACCCAUAAAAGGAUUGCAGAAUCUUCCAAAUAUUAAAGAUCCUGAUACGAGUGUAUAUUAUCGAAUUCAGGGUAGCUCAAUAGCUAUAGGUGGUUAUGAACAGAAUCCUAUUGUAUUAUCAUCUGCCCCAGAACAUUUUUCAUUCUGCCUCUAUGAAUUAGAUUGGAAUGUCUUCAAUGCACAUCUAGAAUCAAUGAUUCAAUUGAUUCCUAAAUUAUCAACAGUUGGAAUAAGAACUACAAUAUGUGGACCAGAAAGUUUUACUCCUGAUCAUAGACCAAUUAUGGGUGAAGAUCCAAAUUGUUCUGGAUUCUUCUAUUCUUGUGGUUAUAAUAGUGCUGGAAUGAUGUUGGGAGGUGGAUGCGGAGAACAAAUUGCACAUUGGAUAAUUAAUGGUCGGCCAGAUAAAUACAUGUUUAACUAUGAUAUCAGAAGAUUUUUACCAGAACAAAGAAACAACAAGGUCUGGAUACAUGAGAGAUGUCAUGAAGCCUAUGCAAAAAAUUACAGCAUUAUAUUUCCACAUGAUGAACCAUUAAGUGGAAGAAAUCUUAAAGUGGAUCCUUUUCACAGUUUACUUGUCGAAGAGGGUGCUAUUAUGGAGGAAUGUCAAGGUUGGGAACGUCCUGCAUGGUUCUCUCCAACUAACAAAGUAGAAAUUCUGUCAUAUGAUUAUGGUGGACAUUAUGGCACAGAAAAGAAUCAAAAUGAUAAUUAUCGUACAAUAUUAGAAAAAGAAUAUAGCUUUAAUUUCUCACCAUAUAACGAGAUAAUUCGGAAAGAAGUUCUUGCUUGUCGUCAAAAUGUUGUUUUGUUUGACACAUCUCACCUUGGAAAAUUUUAUAUUUGUGGACCUGAUGCUCAAAAUACGGCAGAUUAUUUGUUCACGGCAAACACGAAUUGCAACUUUAAUAAAACAAUUUACACUUGUAUGCUGAAUCAUGCUGGAGGAGUUGAAACAGAUUGUACAGUUACAGUGUUGGAACCUGGCUCAAGUGGAAUUGUAAAUCCGGUAUUUAAAGAAAAAGCCUUUUAUAUUGUCUCAAAUGGUAUUUCAAUUUAUCAUACAUGGGCUCAUAUGAAGAAAGCAAUAAUGGAAAAGGGUUUUGAUGUAUCUUUACAUGAUGUUUCUGAGCAAAUUGGUAUUUUAUCCGUGCAAGGACCUAAUAGUCGAAAAGUAAUCGAGACAUUAAUUGAGGAUGAAAUCUCAGAUGAAUCUUUUAAAUAUUCAACUACAAAACUGGUAAAGAUUAAAAACGAAACGAUACGUUUAAUUAGACUUAGUUUCGUUGGUGAACUUGGUUUCGAAUUACAUAUUCCAAAAUCAUCUUGCCGAAUAGUUUAUAAAACAUUAAUAAAUUGUGGUAAAUCACAUAAUAUAAAACAUGCCGGUUAUCGAGCACUGCAUAGUCUCAGUUGUGAAAAGGGCUAUCUUCUUUGGGGUUUAGAUCUUAGAUCAGAUGAUAAUCCCAUUGAAGCUGGGCUUGAAUCUAUUUGUCGCAAUACUGGAGAGUACUUGGGAAAAACAGCUGUCGAUCGAUUGCGAAAAAUUGGUAUAAAAAAGAAAUUGGUGCAUAUUUAUUUAAACAGGCAUGUAUUGUAAAACAUUAUUAUAAAAUAUAAUUUUCAUGUUCAAUUUUGAUAAAAUAAUACUAAUAGCAUAUAUUAUGACAGCACUAUUCCAUUAUGGGGAAUGGAACUUAUUUACAGAAAUAAAUGCCUUGUUGGUUAUUUACGUAGAGUAGAACAGGGAUACAGCAAUGGAAAUGUAAUUGGGCAUGGGUAAGUAAGAUAAUAUUGAAUGUAACAAUAAAAAGUUAUAGAGCUAAUAUUGAUUAAUAUUAGGUACAUUAAACAUCCAAAUGGGGAAAAUGUAACAAAGGAAUUUCUAGAAAGUGGUAAUUAUGAAAUUGAAGCUAUGGGGAAACGAUACACAGUAGAUCUUUGCUACUGAAAUAUAUUUGAUCUCACUAAUAAAUUAUUAUUUUAAUAUAUGAAAAUACAAUUUUCAAGUUCAAGAGAUCAUUAAAAAUUGAAA